UUUAUUCAGUGUGCAAAAGGUAGUGGACAAUUGUAGGCUACUACUGUACAUUAUCAUAUACUCUUUCUAACCAAGAACUGUUUGUAACAGACAAUUUCAAGAUAAAUUGUGCUUUUCGGUAGUUCUUGGAAAUACAGGCGCAUCUACUAAAACGUCCCACAAAUUUACCUCAUUGGAUGAUUGCGCUAUGGUAUUAGCAUUCAGGCCCUGAUUUAAUCUUAUAAUGGAACUAUUAAUAGUUAAUGUCAUUCAUGUUUUUAUAAACAGUGCAAAUAACGCUUUGUAGUGAGAUAUUUAUUCUGAGAUUUUACUUUACCUCCCGUAUUUUUUUUUUUUUUUUCGGAAUUGAAAAAUAAUUGAAUGAGUCUGGAAUCGGCUCUUGGAAUCGAUUCCAAAACCAGGAAUCGGAGUCGACUCCCACAUUUAUGGAAUCAAAAUGUUUUGUUUACACAACGAGUAGUCUGAAAUGAUGCCUGCAAAAAAUAAUUAUAACUUUUAUUCCCGGUUUUGAGGAACCUGUAUUUUUCUAAACAAAAAUAAAUUUGAAAUAAAUAGGUCCGAAAAUUUAUUUUCGUUCAUUAAUCUAGGAUAAUGUAUCCGACAAUAUAUCCUUUUCUUCAGGCAGUACCUGAAGAGUCCUACUCUUGAAAAAAGCGCCAAGUUCCACCACAGAGGAGCUUGUCAGAUUGUUUACAUUUAAUACAAAACUGUGUACUCUGGAUAGUUCCUGCUGGAAGUAAAAAUGUAAUGCAUCCAUAAUAAGACUCAGUAGUGAAUGGUUAAAAUGCCCGGGCUGCAGAGUGAAUGUGCUGUGGUGGCUGCAGCAGGCAGUCCUGUGAAGAAAAGCAAACUCUCUCUGAAGUUCUUCCAGAAGAAGGAAACCAAACGAGCCCUGGACUUCUCAGAGGAGACAAGUGCAGCUGAACCAGAAGAGACAACAAAUCAUGACCAGGUUGUGCCUAUGACAUGCCUUUCAUCUUCUCUAACCUGUGAGAAGCAAGAGAGCAUCGUCCCUUUCGUUGGACUUAAUAAUUUAGGGAACACCUGCUAUUUGAACAGCAUCCUUCAGGUCUUAUAUUACUGCCCUGGUUUUAAAGAGGCCAUCAAAUCUUUGUGUAAUUUGGCUAAACUGGAAGACAAUCACCAAGAUGUUGUUGCCAAAAAUGAGGGGGACUUUAGUGAGGACACCCUACCUGUUCACAUGGAGCUGCUAGGCAGUUUCCACAGCCUCAUCUCCUCUGUGGAGCUGCUUCAGUCCAGCUUCCUGUUUAACCCAGAAAAAUACAAUGAUGGAGAGCUUGCCACACCACCCCGCAGACUGCUUGACACACUCAGGCAGCUCAAUCCUAUGUAUGAGGGCUACAUGCAGCAUGAUGCACAGGAGGUACUGCAGUGUAUUCUUGCAAACAUACAGGAGGCCUGUGACACUAUUAAAAAAGAGCAAAAAGGCAACCAAAAGGACACUGCAAUAAGUAAUGGAAUAGGCGAGUCCUCCCUCGAGGAGGAUGGGAGCUCUGACGGUCAGCUGAAUGGAAAAAGAAAGAGCGACACUGAAGCAGGCAAUGCAAAGAAGAAGCCGAAAUCUCAGAGCAAGUCCAAGAAAAAUGAGGAAAACAUGCCUAUGACCCGCUCAAAGAGAAGGUCUUUCAGUGAUAUAACCACAGAGAGUUCUGUUAUGGACCAGAAGAAUGGAGAUGAAGAAUGGGAGAAGGAGAGAGGGAGCACAACAGAGGAAGAGAAGAAUGACAGUCCCCCCAAAGAGGUGGGCAAGAGGAUGAGAAGAGGGAAGCUGGGCUGGUUGAAGCCAUCAGGGAAGCAGCCUAGCAUCUUCUCAAAGUUCCGCAGCAUGGGACGAAUAAGCUCACAUGUUGGAGGGAGAGGAGAUACCAAGGAGAAAUCAGACUGUAGUACCCAAGAGAAGCAGGAAAAGGACAUGCCUGAAAAUGAAUGCAAAACCCAAGACACUAAACAGAGUCUGGUAAAGAAUGAAGAGCAUUCAGGCUUGGAUGUGCUGAAGUGGAUGUUCCAGGGUCAGCUGGUGCUGCGGACACGCUGCCUGGAAUGUGAGUGUUACACAGAGAGAAGGGAGGACUUUCAAGACAUCAGUGUGCCUGUGCAAGAAGAUGAGACCAGCUGCUCUGACCCCAGUUCUGAGAUUUCUCCAGAUCCAAAGCCUGAGCUAAAGACUCUAAAGUGGGCCAUUUCUCAGUUUGCAUCUGUGGAGCGGAUUGUGGGUGAAGAUAAAUAUUUCUGUGAGACCUGUCAUCACUACACAGAAGCUGAGAGAAGUCUUCUGUUUGACAAAACCCCAGAGGUUGUCACAAUCCACCUGAAAUGCUUUGCUGCCAAUGGUUCUGAGAUGGACCCUUAUGCUGGGCUUUCCAAGGUGAACACCCCUCUGCAGACCCCUCUUAGACUUUCCCUGCAUGAGUGGUGCACUCAGCCUGAUGCUCUAGAACACAGCCAUCACUACGAGCUCUUCGCUGUGGUCAUGCACAGUGGAGUAACCAUCAGCAGUGGGCAUUACACCACGUACAUCCGUAUGAUGGAUCUCAAUCACACCGAUCUCAAGCCUCAGUCUCAGAAUGAAGAGCAAGACAGAGAGGAUAUAAAACAGAAGAAAGAGGAGGUACCUCAAACAGAUUACGAUGAUGGGGAGGUGUCUUUCAGCUUGAGUGGCAGGGGGAAAAAUGUGCCCAAAAGGGCCAGCAUAACAAGCAAAGCAGGAGGCAAGAGGUGCUCUGAGGGCGUAGGCCUAUUAGGAGGACAAAGGAGCAUCACCAGUUAUGAGCUAGCAAACAGCAAGCAGACCAAUACUGAGAAGCCUACCAGUUUGGCCAGCUGUGUCUCUGGAACUCUGCUUCAAAACAUUGGAGUGAAGAAAGAGGCCGGGGAAGAGAGUGGUGAUGCUAUGAGCGAUGGGACCCAGAUAAAUGUUAACCUUGCUCUGCAAAACCUUUUGGACUUUGAAGGAAAGUGGAUGCUGUUUGAUGAUUCAGAAGUAAGACUCUUUGAAGAAGAGGACUUCCUGCGAGCCUGUUCCCCAGAGACGUGCUCCACCUCUACGCCCUAUUUGCUUUUCUACAAGAGAGUCUCUCAGUAAAAACAGGCCAUUGUAUAUUGACAUAAACUGUGGCAUUACACUGGUCCACUCCGUAAUUAAGUUUUACUGUUAAGGAAUGGACAAGAGUAUGUUUGCAGGUCUUUAGAAAAGCAAGUCAGGAUAUUUGUUAAAAGUUACAUAGGCUUGUCUUACAAGUGUCAGUCAGUGAAAAGCCUAUGAAAAACGUUUGAGGCCAUUGUUUAUACAAGUAUGAUUUUUAUGUGUCUUACUAUUUUUGUACUUUGAUCUUUCCUUUUGAGUGACCCUCAAACAAAUGCACCUUGGCACUUACUGUAGUGCAUGUGACCAACUAUUCCCAUCAAAUGCUUUGAUGAAUAACACUGUUUAUAUAAAUAUUUUUAAAAGCCCAAUUAUUCUUGCUUGUUUGGUUUUGUCUCCAAGUAUGAGUUAACAUUUUGUUGUCCCUUUUAUGGAGAAAAUUAAUAAUACCUUGCAAACCCAAAGUAGAUUCACAGUAGUCACUUAAUUGUUGAUACAAGGAGACAAACAAUGUGUUAAGAUUUCCACUGCAAUAAUUCAUUUGGAUUUGUCUUUUUGCACACAGAGAAUGGAAUUUAGUUUGAAAGGUGGUCAAAGUGCAGAAUGUAUAAAUUGCCUUUAUAUGACCACAGGGGAAAAAGCAACCCGUUUUAGUUUCUAUUAAUCAUACCUCAUUCCAGUCUAAAAAGCUUAGUCCUUUUUCUAUGUUGUGAGCAGGCCUGGCUUUCUGCCAUUACAAUUAGAUUUUAAGCCACUGUAUCUAUGAGCAAUACAUGGAAAAUGUCUAUUACUACAUGGCAUUGUAUAUUUGAGGGAGGGAGGGAUAUGUAUGGAUUUUUUUUAUUUUCUGGCUAUGUUGAUUCAUAUUU